GGCAAACAAGUCGUGGAAGGAGCCCAUCAAUGAGGUGGAACCGGAUGAUGAUUACGCCCGAGAAUUUGAGGAGCAGCUCAUGCGGGGAGCAAGUGGCGAUGGUAAUCUCGAUGCGAGGUCUAUCAAGGGCCCAUCUCCUCAGCCACCCAAGACAGGGCGCAACCGGGCCAGCUCCAACCUCACAUCUGAGAGGUCCAGGAGCCGUUCUGCACGCCGUCCUGACGAUGCUGAAGGUAUCGAUCCUCUUGAGAUGCCUCCGCCAAUUCCAGGCACCUUCCCCAGCUCUGGCAUGCCCACCCCAGAAUCGGUACUGUCGACUUCUUCGACGGAACAGUUGUCGGGACCUCCGCCCAUUCCUUCGAGGAAGAACAGCCGGCCUAACAUCAAUCCUGGGUACUUCGACCAGAAGUCUCUUCACCCUAUCAAGACCGGUUUGCCUUCUAUCCCUUCGCCUCGGUUGUCUCCGGGGCAAGUCGCUCCUCAGGGCUUGAGCCCACGCCCGUCGAUAAGUGGAGGGCCCAGCCCCGCUCGCAGUCCUGCCCCAACGUCGGUCCCCCCGAGACCGCCCCACAGCGCCAAUCCGUUUUCAUCGCAGUCAACAAUUUCGACGACGCCCAGCUCUCCCACCUCAUCCACUAACAGCGCUCCCCCAGCCGGCCGACCCAUGCCGCGCAAGAAGUCGAUUCAGAAGUCGAUCAUUUCCGAACCCAUGUUCGUAUCGACGACAAAUGUCGCAGACACCAUGGAGCUCCCUCCUGGCGCCUCGCUGAAGAACGGAGCUCCGCCGCUUCCGCCUAUCAACCCCAUGAGGCGCCGCUUUGGUUUUGGCCGGUCGGACUCGCGCGAGACGUCGAGUAUCUAUGACAGGAGAGGCUCGACGGACGACACGGAGCGGAAGAAGAGUCUGAAACUGCGCAAGGGGUCGACUACGACGCUGAGGAUGUCGCAGGAGAGCGUAGAGCCUAUGCCUCCAGCUGCACGGAGCGUUCCCUCGCCUAUGCCUGCUAACGACGGUUCCAUGUUUUGAGUUAGUAAAUCUGCUGCAGCGUGCCAGGCGUUUUUGGUUGUUGUCGUCUCUUUUCGAGUCUCGAGUGGGUCUGGCAUAGAUGGGGUGUGAUAAAAAAUUGCGGGAGGGGUAUGGGUGGGGUUUUUAUGUACACGGCCGUCGUUCGCACCAUCUCUGAUCCCUUUUGAUGGUCAGUUUUUUUCCCUUUUCGUUAUAAGUUCGCAAACAUGCU